AUGUCAGCGCCGUCCCAACCUCGUCAUCGAGGGUCGACAGACAUUCAUCUCGAGGACGAACUUAUGACGCCUGGGGCACAUCGUGAAGAGCAUGCAACCAUCCAUCUGUGGAAUCCUUCGCGGCCUCAGCACGCCCCAGCUCGGACGCCAGUUGACUCGACCAGGCCUGAGAGUAACAUUGUCCAUGAAACCCAGACAUGGAGCGAAUGGCUCAUCUCCAUGUUCAACGGAUUAUUUCGCGCCCUUCCAAUGACCACAACUAUGACGAUGCUAGCUGCGCCUGUGCUUAGCAUGUGGCAGGAGCUACCAUCGGCAGCACUUGUACCUGACAUGCGGCGGAGACCACCUUCAUCAACAGCGCCCUUGCCCAAUCCAUUCCAGGAGCCAAUUUCAUCCACAGCGCCCUUGCCCAAUCCAUCUCAGGAGCCAAUUCCAUCCACAGCGCCCUUGUCCAAUCCACCCCGGGAGCCAAUUUCAUCCAUAGCGCCCUUGCCCAACCCACCAGAAGAGACAGUCUCAUCCACAGCGCCCUUGUCCAAUCCACCCUGGGAGCCAAUUUCAUCCAUAGCGCCCUUGCCCAACCCACCAGAAGAGCCAAUUUCAUCCACAGCGCCUCUGCCCAACACGCGGCAGGAAACAGCAGCUGCACGGUUAGAUAUAUCUUCUAUGGCAUUUACGGACCCGUUCUGA